AUGCAUCGUGCCUCGGGAAUCAGCCAGUGGGACCACCUGGGUGACGUGCGAGACCCUCAGCCCGGCCCACCAGUGGAGCUUGCGGCCGGGCCCCCUAGACAGCCGACGCUCGAGGAUAUGAAGAGGGAGUUCCAGGAGCUCCAGGCCCGCCGCGGGCCGUGGGAGGAGCUUCACAGUCCUGCUUCCGGCAACCGCGUGCGGCUGCACACUACAUCCAACCUCAUCGUUCGUGACAUCCCGCAGGAGGUUGCCCAGAGGUUGAGACGCCUCCAGGAAUUACGGGGCCACUUGAAUGAGCAUGCCAUUCGCGCCAAGGCCACCACCGCUGCGCCCCAACAAAACUUGUCUUCGGCCCCCCCCCCUCUGGCGGCAGACCACGCAGCGGCUGCCCCAGUUGGCCCUAUGGCCGGCCCUGCUGAACCUGCGCCGUGGCCCCCAGGACUCGCGGGUGCUCCACCCGCGCCGGCUGCGGCCCCGGCCGUGCACCUUGCCCCGGGUGCCGUGCCCAUCCCGCUGGUGCCUCCCCUGGGCGCCGCGGGCGCCCCAGCCGGCCCCGCCGGUACCUCGGCCGCGCCCCUUGCCUUGGGCACGGUGCGCCCACCGGAUGGUGCUGUGCGCCCAGGAGCGCCCGUGGACCCCCGUGCGCACGCGCAGCUGUCCACCUGGGAUGAAGCGAAGUCGGCUCACACCGCCUGGCUUGCUAAGGCCCAUGAGGCGGUGGGAAACAAGCGUGCCGCCAAGCUCGUCCUGACAUUUGCUACCCAGUGCCACUCAGAGGUUGACAUGCACAACGUCAUGGUCGCUCUCGGCGUCCACAUCCUCCCCCCCAAGUCUAAGCCGUCGCACCCGGCGCCGUGUGGGGUUCCGAGGGGUGAUAACACGCAGCCCGCAGUUGAAGUCACGUGGAGCUUGAGCCCCAAGCAGACCAUGAUGUUCCAGCUCGUCAACCGUGGAGCGGGCAGGGUCUUGGCGAGGGCUUGCCGCACCGUUAUCUCAGAACACAUUGAGGAGCUCCUGUACCUCUUCGGGCCCGUCCAGUCGGUAGUGCCCAGCGUCCCGGAGCCUCGCGCAGAGUUGGUAUCCGCUGCUGCGCCAGCCCGCUUGUCUGCCCGGCAGGCCCUUGGGGCCCCUGCCUCGGCCGCUUGCCUGAGUGCUAGGGGCCCGAUGGAACCUGAGGCGGCGCCCUUGGACAGCCUGCGCACAGCGGUCACGCGGUGGUUGGAGAGUGAGAUCCGCCCCUUCGAGCGUGCCGCGGCCUUGAAGGACGCGCGGGCCGUGGGGCACGCACUUGUAGCGCGCGGGGUGGAUAUCUGCGUGCUGCCAGGACCCUGGCUCAGCGGAGCGGUUCGUUUCGCGCGUCUCGCAGAACAGCGUGCGUUCAAGAUUGCCCUUGUUGAUGCGGAGACAGGCCAGGCCCUUGACCCCUCUGACAUGCUGGCGCGAAUUGAGGAGGACCUCUUUGCGCGAGUCCGCAAUGACUUCCCUUUUGACGAGGGCGCUGCUAUCGCGCAGCGGGAUCUGGUCACGUCCAUCCGGGCUGCUGGGGGCGGCCCGGAAUUAGCGUCGCCGCUUGGCGCGCAGGAGCCGUUGUACACUAUGCGCGAGGUGGAUGACAUGCUUGAUGCUCUCAAGCCGACGUCGGCUGCUUUGAAGAAGUGUGACGCGUCCCUGAAGUCACCUGUGCCAAUGGGCUGGCGGCUUACAAGGGCAGUGGCGAAUAUCUCUCGGCACUGCGGUCUCACCAGCAAUCUGUGGUCGGCCCGUCAGAUCUCACCCCUGCAUAAGUCGGGGCCCCGCGUGGUACGUCAACUCAACUGCCUGCUGCCCAUCUCCAUCUCCACCCUGAUGGCAUCGGUGGUGGAUGGCCUAUGGACCUCCCGGAAUAGGCGUCGGCUUGAGGCAUAUUGUGGGGUGGCCCAGCAGGGUGGGGUAGGUGAUCCGUUGGUUCUCCUAAUUGCCCUCCUCCUCCAUGCCCAGUGCCGAGUGGCCCAGGGCCUGCCAAUUUAUUGGGCGGUCACUGACCUGCAGUGGGCCUUCGAUGUGGCGUCCCACCUGGCCAUGCUCAUCAACGCCCACUUGGCGGGAGUACGAGGUACCGACUCGUUGCUUCUAGAGGACUUCAUUGCCUCCGACCGCCAAUUCGUGGCUUUGCAGAGCCUCGCGUCGUCGUCCUUUGAACUCGGGGGCGGCACUGCCCAAGGUCGGCGGUUUAGCGUUCCAGUUUUCAACGCUCAGCUGAAAUGGCUCUACCACGAGGUGGGGCCUAGGCCAUGGUUUGUGCGUCGGCUGAACUCCAUGCGGCGGCUGCGGGGGCGGCGGCGGCGGCUGCUGCGGAGCACCCACCUCACGCUGGCGCUUGCGCGAGGAUCCGGGAGUUAG